AUAAAUGUUCAUUCUCUCGCUAAUUUAAAGAGGUUCCACUUACAUACAUUGGCCUUGUUCGUUUGGAGGGGGGUGGUGCUUUUGUUUGUUCUUUCAAUACACGGGAUCGAUAAAAAAAAAUGGAACAUUUAUCUGAUGAGAACAAUCCUAAUCUCACCAAACCCACAAGUUUUCUAGGAGGCGGUGGUGUUAUAGGUUGCAGAAAGUUCGGGCAGGAGAUUAAGCACAACAGAAGAGCUUUAAGUUUGAUUAAUCAGAACUUGGUGGGAGCUAAACCAUACCCUUGUCUUGUUAAUAAGAGAGGCUUGUCCAAAAGAAAUGGAUGUUCUGAAAACAAGCAGGUUGAUCCUGUGCACAGACCAAUUACCAGGAAGUUUGCUGCCCAAGUUUCCAGUACUAGUCAACGGCAUUGCCCCGAGGAAUCUAAGAAGCUGAAACCAUCAGUUCCAAGCUCAAAUGAGUUUGGAGAUUGUAUAUUCAUAGACGUGGAGGAAAAUAAGGCAUGUGUAGACCAUCCUGUACCCAUGUUCUUAGAAGAAACAGAAACUAGCUUAAGUGAAGCCGAUGAGAUGGAGGAAGUCGAAAUGGAGGAUAUAGUUGAAGAGCCGAUUGUUGAUAUUGAUGGCUGUGAUGCAAAUAAUCCACUGGCAGUCGUCGAAUAUGUUGAAGAUUUGCAUGCCUAUUACAGAAAGAUGGAGAAUUUUAGCUGUAUUUCACCUAACUACAUGGAGCAACAAUCUGACAUUAAUGAGAAAAUGCGGGCUAUACUGAUCGACUGGCUUAUUGAGGUGCACGAUAAAUUCGACCUCAUGGGGGAGACACUGUUUCUUACAGUUAAUAUCGUGGACAGAUUUUUGUCUCGACAAACAGUUGUGAGGAAAAAGCUUCAGUUGGUUGGACUUGUUGCUAUGCUCUUAGCGUGCAAGUACGAGGAGGUUUCUGUUCCUGUGGUGGAAGAUCUAAUCCAUAUAUCUGACAAAGCUUACUCCAGGAAAGAAGUUCUGGAAAUGGAGAAAUUGAUGCUCAACACAUUGCAAUUCAACAUGUCGUUGCCGACACCCUACGUUUUCAUGCGGAGGUUCCUCAAGGCGGCUCAGUCCGACAAGAAGCUCGAGUUUCUAUCGUUCUUCUUGAUCGAGCUGGCACUGGUGGAGUACGAGAUGCUUAAGUUCCAACCAUCGCUGCUAGCAGCUGCUGCCAUCUACACUGCUCAAUGCAGCCUAUAUGGGUUCAAGCAAUGGAGCAAGACGUGCGAGUGGCAUAGCAGCUACACAGAAGAUCAGCUAUUGGAGUGUUCUAGAUUGAUGGUCGGUUUCCAUGAGAAGGCGGCAGGAAAACUAACAGGGGUACAUAGAAAGUACUGCACAUCCAAGUUCGGUUUCACAGCAAAAUGUGAAGCUGCGAUGUUUUUGUUAGAGACCCAACAACCAUAGUACAUGCAGCUACUGAUUGACUAUACCUGAUUUGCUGAAGAGAGUGGGGCAGGAGGACACCUAAUUUUAAUAAAAUUUAGCAACUUUGGGUUGUUUGAAAUGUCUUUACAACUAUGCUUUAUGUAUGUUCAAAUUGGACAUUUUUUUUCUCACUGUAAUUUCAAGUAUUUCCUUGAUACGCUAAUAAAUGAAACACCAUUCUUUCUGAAUU